GCGGCUCCGGCCCUGCCUCCCCGGGGAGGCGGCGGCGGCGGCGGUGCCGGGAUGGCCCGGGCCGGCGGGGCGGCGGCGGGGCGGCGGCAGCGGGCGCUGCUGCUGCUCAUGGUGCUGCUGCCCGAGCCCAGCCGCCGCGGCCGGGCCGGGGGGCGGCGGAGGCGGAGGGGAGAGGGCGGUGAUGGCGUUCCCGGGACCCCCGGGCCGCCCCCCGGCCGCCCGCUGCUGCUCCUGCUGCCGCUGCCGCCGCCGCCGCUGCUGCCUCCGCCCCGCGCCGCCGCCGCCGCCGCCGCCGCCCGCCCGGAGGCGCUGCCCCGCGGGGGGGUCCCCAUGAAGGAGGAGCCGCUGAGCGCGGGGCUCCCCGCCGGCCGCUGGCUGCAGGGCACCGGCAUCCUGGACGCCAGCACGGCGGCGCAGAGCGGGGUGUCGCUGGCCCGCGCCCACUUCGAGAAGCAGCCCCCGGCCAACCUGCGCAAGUCCAACUUCUUCCACUUCGUGCUGGCCAUGUACGACCGGCAGGGCCAGCCCGUGGAGGUGGAGCGCACCUGCUUCAUCGACUUCGUGGAGAAGGAGCGGGAGCAGAAUGGGGAGAAAACCAACAACGGGAUCCACUACCGGCUGCAGCUGCUCUACAGCAACGGGCUCCGCACCGAGCAGGAUUUGUACGUCCGCCUCAUCGACUCCAUGUCCAAGCAGGCCAUCAUUUACGAGGGGCAGGACAAGAACCCCGAGAUGUGCCGGGUGCUGCUGACCCACGAGAUCAUGUGCAGCCGCUGCUGUGACAAGAAGAGCUGUGGGAACCGCAACGAGACCCCCUCGGACCCCGUCAUCAUCGACAGGUUUUUCCUCAAGUUUUUCCUCAAGUGCAACCAGAACUGCCUGAAAAACGCCGGGAACCCACGGGACAUGAGGCGCUUCCAGGUGGUGGUGUCCACCACGGUGCACGUGGACGGCCACGUCCUGGCCGUGUCCGACAACAUGUUCGUGCACAACAACUCCAAGCACGGCCGGCGCGCCCGGCGCCUCGACCCCUCCGAAGCAGCCACCCCCUGCAUCAAGGCCAUCAGCCCCAGCGAGGGCUGGACCACGGGCGGUGCCACCGUCAUCGUCAUCGGCGACAACUUCUUCGACGGCCUGCAGGUGCUCUUCGGCACCGUGCUGGUGUGGAGCGAGCUGAUCACCCCCCACGCCAUCCGCGUGCAGACGCCCCCCCGGCACAUCCCGGGGGUCGUGGAGGUGACGCUGUCCUACAAGGCCAAGCACUUCUGCAAGGGCGCGCCCGGGCGGUUCGUGUACACCGCCCUGAACGAGCCCACCAUUGACUACGGCUUCCAGCGGCUGCAGAAGGUGAUCCCGCGGCACCCCGGGGACCCCGAGCGCCUGCCCAAGGAGGUGCUGCUGAAGCGUGCGGCCGACCUGGUGGAGGCGCUCUAUGGAGUCCCCCACAGCAACCAGGACGUGCUGCUGAAGCGGGCGGCCGACGUGGCCGAGGCGCUGUACAGUGUCCCCAGGGCCCCCGCGCACGUCACUGUCCCCUCCUUCGGCGGGGGACAGCUCGGCCUCGCCAUGGGCGACUCCCCGCAGGGCUCCGAGCAAGGGUUCUCGCGCAGCCCCGGGACGCCCCCGGCGCGGGGGUUCGGCCCCCCGGGCUCGGCCCCCCAGCAGGGCUUCUCCGGGGCCACCGGCGGCUUCGGCGGGGCCACCAUGGCCGGCCUGGGGGUCCCCGGGUCCCCCCCGAGCUUCCUGAACGGCUCCACCGCCACCUCCCCCUACGCCAUCCUGCCCGCCAGUCCCCCUCUGGGCGCCUCGUCGGUCGCUGUCACCUCUGGCCCGGGCACGGCCACCCCCCCGGGUGGCUUCUCCUUCUCUGCGGUGACGAUGAUCUCGGCCGUGAAGCAGAAGAGCGCCUUCGCGCCCGUGCUGCGGCCGCAGGGCUCGCCCCCGCCCGCCUGCGCCAGCGCCCUGCAAGACCCAGCUUUUGAGGACUCGGACAAAUUCCACGCUCCGGCGCGGCCGCUCCAGGGAUUGGCCUAUUCCUAAGGACGGCGAGUCCGGAGGGGCUCCGGGCCCCCGUCCCACCGGGACAGGAGCACGGACAGGGAUUGGGGACAUCCCUGUCCCCCGUGCCAUCCCCUCAGAGCUGAGACAGCGCCGGAGCCGCCACGCGGAGCGGGGUGAGGGGACAUGGCCCCGCCAUGUCCCCACCCCGGGUGACCCUGGCCUGGCCCGGCUGAGGGGGGACUCGGGGAAAUCCUGGAAUGAGCCAAAAUUCCUGGGUUUGGCAUCGGGAAGAGGCGGAGAGAACCGGGAAUGGGGGCAGCAGAGGGCACGGGGUGGAGGCGCCGGGAUGGGCGGGAGGGGCGGUCCAGGAUGGGAGGGAUGAUCCAAGGUGGGAUGGAAGGUCUGGAAAAGGAGGGAUGAUCCAGGUGGGAUGGAUGCUCCGGGAUGGGAUGGAAGCUCUGGAAUAGGAUGGAUGCUCUGGGUGGGAGAAGGUUGGAUGGAAGGUCUGGAAAAGGAUGGAUGCUCCAGGAUGGGAUGGAAGAUCCAAGAUAGGCUGGAUGAUCCAAGGUGGGAUGGAUGAUCCAGGAUGGAAUAGAAGCUCUGGAAUAGGAUGGAUGAUCCAGGUGGGAUGGAUGAUCUGGGAUGGGAUGGAAGAUCCAAGAUAGGCUGGAUGAUCCAAGGUGGGACGGAUGCUCUGGAAAAGGAUGGAAGCUCCAAGAUGGGCUGGAUGUUUCAAAGUGGGAUGGGUGCUCCGGAAAAGGAUGGAUGAUCCAGGAUGG